AUGUCUACUGAAGAAAAAAAGAGAGACAUAAACGCGCUUUUCGAGCAACAAAACGACUUUUUCGGUACAAUUUCUCGCGUUAUAGACAAUACAAAAAAGAUGGGGAGAGGUAACUGGACAACCAGCAAUCUUAAAAGUCGACUUGAUCGACUAGAAGUCAGUUGGAAUGAAUUUUUUAAUAUUCAUAAGAAAUUAAUCCCUUGUAAAGUCGAAUAUGCCGAUACUAUAUACUUUUCGGACGAUCAAUUCGCGGUUUGUGAGGAAGCGUAUUUGGACGCAAAGACUUUUCUUCUGGAAUCUUUACGGUCCUUAAGGGGAUCCUCUGCAGCAUCUUCGGUUCGAAGCAGGCAAUCGGUGGCACCUUCGGUUGAGAACUGUUCGAGUCCACAACCAAUUCAACCAGCAGCUGUACCUUCGUAUUCGCGUUCGAGACAACUGCCUCAAAUUAAGCUUCCGGUUUUCGAUGGUAGUUACAGUAACUGGCCACAGUUCCGUGAUUUGUUUUUCUCAAUGGUACAUUCCAACGAUGAUAUUUCCAACGUUGAGAAAUUUCAUUACCUAAAAAUGUGCCUUAUUAAUGAACCCGCGCAAUUACUUAAGAACUUAUUAGUUACCAACGACAAUUUUCAACGGGCGUGGACGUUAUUGAUAGAACGUUAUGAAAAUCGUCGCGUUAUGGUAGACACACAAUUAACGCUAUUGUUGUCGGCGCGCUCUCUUAAAACUGAAUCAGCUUCUGAAUUGAAGAAACUUCUCGGGGAAGUUAAAGAAGCAUUGGGGGCAUUGGAGUCGUUGGGAUGUCCGAUAAAGUAUUGGGAUAAUAUUUUGGUUUAUUUGAUUGUUCGCAAGCUCGAUUCAGAAACGGCUAAAGAUUGGGAAAAGUCCAUUAGCAGUUAUCGUGACCCUUCAACAUUCGAGGAGUUUGAGGAAUUUCUUGUUCGUAGGAUCUACACCCUUGAAGCGAUCGAAAAGCUGCCUGGAAAUAAUAAAAGAGUUACGCAAUCGUUUAAUAAAAAUUUUAAUUUCAAAUCUCACAACGCAUCAGUUCCAACUUCGGGAUGUUCGGCUUGCGGCGCUGCUCAUUACAUUGCCACUUGCCCAGAGUAUUUAACACGGAAUGCGUCUCAAAGAACAGAUUUAAUAAUCUCACGGGGUCUCUGUUUUAAUUGUUUGGGGCCACACUUGUUUAAAAAAUGUCGAGUUUCUAAACGGUGUCGGUUCUGUAACAAGCCCCAUCAUUCCACCCUUCACGAAGCUCCUCCCGAGGCACGUAUAUUUAAUAAUAAAAACACCAAUCCACAAUCGAACUCUCCAGCGAAACAACUUCCUUCAUCAAGCCAUGUCGUGCAUUCUCAUCACCUUCAAACUUCGGUGCUCCUUGCCACGGCUUUAGUGCGGAUCAUCUCGCCCCGCGGAGAUUCGUUAAUAGUUCGCGCGUUGAUUGACCAAGGUUCGGAGGUGUCUUUCGUCGGCGAAACAUUAGUUCAACAGCUUCAUCUUCAACGGCGUUCAGCGAACGUUCCUAUAACCGGGAUCGGGUCGAAGCGUACCUGCGUUACCAACGGCGUGGUAUCGGUACGGUUGGUUUCGCGACUGAAUCCGAUCAUUUCCUUCGAAGAGGAAACUUUAAUUUUACCACAAUUAACCUCUUAUUUGCCUCAAAAGCGUUUUAAACACUUACCGAUUGAAAUGAGUGACCUGCCUUUAGCGGAUCCAGAGUUUACCUCAGAAAGAAAAAUCGACUUAAUACUGGGAGUUCAGUUUUAUUCAAAAAUAAUUCAAAACGGUGUAUUAAAGAGCAAAGACGGUCUUUUAAUUGCGCAGCAAACUGCCCUCGGUUGGGUUCUUUCCGGCGCGUUAUCUGAACAACCUUCUAAUCAUUCGAGCUCUUAUGGUUUUCAAUGUUCCAUCGACCGGGAAUUCCUCGACGUGAUGCAGCGCUUCUGGAAGCAAGAAGAUGAUACCGUCAAUAUUCCGCGUCUUUCAUCUGACGAACGCAAGUGUGAAGAGCAUUUCACACAAACUCAUUCGCGAGAUUCGAACGGUCGAUUUUUAGUACGGUUACCUUUUCGGAAGUCGCCUAAUGAGCUCGGAACUUCUUAUUCGGUCGCUGUGGGUUCUUUCAACCGAAUGGAGUUAAGGUUCGCGAAAAAUGAACAGCUCAAGUUCGAAUAUAGUAAAUUUAUGAGCGAGUAUCUUUCAUAG